AUGACAGAUAAUACUGACAUUCAAGUAAUCCCGUUCUCAAUCCUGCCAGUUGAAACAUUUCCAACCGAAAUAUGGUUAUACAUUCUUAAAGAUUUAUUACAUUUUCAUGGAAUUCCCGAGAGUUUUCGUUUGCGAGAAGUUUCAAAAACCUGGAAUGAACAAAUAUUAAUUAUGAUUUAUGAAAAAUUGCGGACGAUGAUUGAAAACACACAGAUAAAGAUUGAUGUGGAGAGUCAUUUUAACGAAGGUUCAACCAUUCGACGUAACAUAUUCUAUACCGAAUUGUCCCCAUCGAUCGACUUUUCUAACAACGCUUUCCAAUUUGAACUUGAUUAUACUAUGAUCGUUUCAAACAAGGAAGAGAUUCAUGCAAAUUUGAUAUACAAUGAUAAUUUGAACCCGUCCAUUCGUUCUUUCAAAUCGAUCGUCAAGAGAAUUGAAAACUUUUCGAAUAAUGAUGAUAUCCAGAACUUAGGCUGCUCCUUGAUUUUACAUUCGCAUCAUAGGAACCUUUCGAGAAACCUUUGUAUUAAAGGAUUAAAAAUUCGAGCAGCUGAAUUUGUAAAGAUUGUGGCAAUUGAAAAUACCGGAAGGAAAGUGGGUUUUACUUAUACUUAA